AAAUGUCUUCGUUCAAACCAAAUUUCAUUCUCUCUCUCUCUCUUUAUAUCUGAUCAUAUGUUGAAUAAAAUGUUUGCUUUCCCCAUUGACUGGUGUCUUGUGUGAGUGCGAGGCUACAUAAAUUCCGAGCUGAAUUUCCGCCAUGGGAGAAGAGAAAGAGAAUAUGAGGUGUUGGAGGAGACAAUUGAAGGCCAUGUUGCGCAAGAACUGGCUCCUCAAAAUUCGCAACCCUUUUGUCACCUGUGCAGAGAUUUUGCUUCCCACAAUUGUGUUGUUGUUGCUAGUAGCCAUAAGAUCAAAAGUUGAUACAACACUACAUCCUCCGCAGGCGUAUAUUAGUAAGGACAUGCUUGUGGAAGUGGGAAAGAGUGACAUGUCUGCACCUUUUACCCAAGUUUUAGAAUUAUUAUGUGCCAAUGAUGAGUAUUUGGCAUUUGCACCAGACACAAAGGAGACAAGGAUGAUGAUUAAUCUGCUGUCAAUAAAAUUUCCUUUGCUGAGGGUGGCAAGCAAAGUUUAUAUAGAUGAAGAAGAUCUUGAGACAUAUAUACGUUCAGAUUUGUAUGGUGUUUUUGACAAAGUGAGAAAUUAUACAAAUCCGAAAAUCAGAGGAGCAGUUGUGUUUCAUGCUCAAGGUCCUCAGGUGUUUGACUAUAGCAUACGCUUGAACCACACAUGGGCCUUUUCAGGAUUUCCUGAUGUUAAAUCCAUUAUGGACGUGAAUGGUCCUUAUCUCAAUGACUUGGAACUAGGGGUGAAUCCAAUACCUAUAAUGCAGUACAGCAUCAGCGGAUUUUUAACUCUUCAACAAGUCAUGGAUUCAUUUAUAAUAUUUGCUGGACAACAACAAAUGGAUAACUCGGAAAUUGAAGAGCUAUCAUCAUCAUCAUCUCCGAACUCAACUUUAUUGGACACACGAAUCAGCACCUUCUGGACACAGUUUAGCCCUUCAAAUAUAAGACUUGUCCCAUUUCCAACUCCUGAGUACACAGAUGAUGAAUUUCAGUCCAUUGUCAAGAGGGUUAUGGGAGUGCUGUACCUAUUGGGAUUUCUCUUUCCAAUAUCCCGACUGAUUGGUUAUUCUGUUUAUGAGAAGGAGCAGAAAAUCAAGGAAGGUCUCUACAUGAUGGGUCUCAGAGAAAAUAUGUUUAAUAUCUCAUGGUUUCUUACAUAUGCACUGCAGUUUGCUAUCUCUUCCGGAAUCAUCACUCUUUGCACGAUGGGGACACUUUUCAAGUACAGUGACAAGUCUCUGGUGUUUGUAUACUUCUUCUGUUUUGGACUGAGCUCAAUAACACUGUCAUUUCUAAUCUCUACAUUCUUCACACGGGCAAAAACUGCAAUAGCUGUUGGGACACUUGCUUUUCUUGCAGCUUUUUUUCCAUAUUAUUCUGUGGAUGACGAGUCAGUUUCUAUGGUCUUUAAGGUCUUGGCAUCUUUUCUUUCACCCACCGCAUUUGCCUUGGGCUCAGUUAACUUUGCUGAUUAUGAACGUGCUCAUGUUGGACUCCGUUGGAAUAACAUCUGGCGGAGCUCUUCUGGGGUUUGUUUUUUGGUCUGUCUUCUGAUGAUGAUGUUCGACACUUUCUUAUAUUGUGCGGUUGGUCUAUAUUUAGACAAGGUUCUCCAUAAGGAAUAUAAAACACGCAGUUCUUGGAGUUCUAUGUUAUUUAAGCACUUUUCGAGGAAGAAGAAUACAAAUGAAGAGUUCUCUUCCAGUUCACUUGAUAAAUUAAUUGAUAGCAACUCUACUGAAGAUGCUGGUAUUUCUGGAAAAGAUUCAUAUAAACCAGCCGUCGAAGCAGUAAGUCUCGAAAUGAAGCAGCAAGAACUUGAUGGGAGAUGUAUUCAGAUAAGGGAUUUGCACAAGGUGUACACUUCUAAGAAGGCAAGCUGCUGUGCUGUCAAUUCUUUACAGAUGACACUAUAUGAAAAUCAAAUACUAGCUCUUUUAGGACAUAAUGGAGCUGGUAAAAGCACAACAAUGUCGAUGCUUGUAGGCCUUAUCCAACCUACCUCUGGAGAUGCAUUAAUUUUUGGAAAGAGCAUCUUAACUGACAUGGAUGAAAUACGGCAAAGUUUGGGUGUAUGUCCUCAGUAUGACAUUCUUUUUCCAGAAUUGACGGUGAAGGAGCACCUUGAAUUUUUUGCUAAUAUCAAGGGAGUUAAUGAAGAUUGUCUGGAGAAUGUUGCAAUUGAAAUGGCUGAAGAAGUUGGUUUGGCAGACAAAAUCAAUACUCAUGUAAGGGCUCUUUCUGGAGGCAUGAGGAGGAAGUUAUCUCUGGGCAUUGCACUAAUUGGAAACAGCAAGGUUAUUAUCCUUGAUGAGCCUACAAGUGGAAUGGAUCCGUACUCAAUGCGGUUGACAUGGCAGAUGAUCAAAAGAAAAAAAAAGGGGAGAAUAAUACUACUAACUACUCACUCCAUGGAUGAGGCCGAUGCACUAGGAGAUCGGAUAGCUAUCAUGGCUAACGGUUCUCUAAAAUGUUGCGGAAGUUCCUUUUACUUAAAGCAGCACUAUGGAGUUGGUUAUACUCUCACCCUCGUGAAGACUACACCAACUGCCUCUGCAGCUGCUGAUAUUGUUUACAGUCACAUUCCAUCAGCAACAUGUGUGAGCGAUGUUGGUAACGAGAUCUCAUUCAAACUCCCUCUUGCAUCCUCAUCAUCCUUUGAAAGCAUGUUCCGUGAAAUAGAAAGUUGCAUGCAGAGAUCAAGCCCGAACCUUGAGAAUCCCAACUAUGGAAGGAGUGAUUUUCUUGGCAUUGAGAGCUACGGUAUCUCUAUCACAACUCUAGAGGAAGUGUUUCUAAGAGUUGCUGGAGGUGAUUUUGAUGAAACAGAGUGCCCGGUUAAUGAGAAUCCUCAUGAUACACCUGACAAACAUGUUGGACAACUUACCGAAAAUAAUGCUUCAGAAAGGAUGUCUAACACCAAAGUCUCUAAAAGUUAUGCCAAUAUUAUUGGCUUCAUGUUCUCUGCAAUGAGAAAAGCUUGUACUCUUUUUCUGGAAACUACUCUAAAUGUUAUAAAGUUCCUGACUAUGCAAUGCUGUUGCUUCGGUGUACUUUCAAGGUCUACUUUCUGGAGGCACUCAAAAGCAUUAUUGAUAAAGAGAGCUGUUUCUUCUCGGAGGGAUCAAAAGACAAUUGUUUUUCAGCUUAUAAUUCCUGCAAUCUUCUUGCUUUUGGGUAUUCUUAUGAUAAAGCUUAAGCCUCAUCCUGACCAGCAAUCAAUAACGUUCACAACCUCAUACUUCAAUCCUUUACUAACUGGCGGAGGUGGAGGCGGUCCUAUCCCUUUUGAUCUAUCCUUGCACAUUUCAAAAGAGGUUUCGGAGCAUGUACAUGGAGGUUGGAUCCAAAAAUUUAAAGAAACUACUUAUAGGUUUCCUGAUUCAGAGAAGGCAUUGUCUGAUGCUAUUGAAGCUGCAGGGGCAACCCUAGGCCCCAUUUUACUUUCAAUGAGCGAAUAUCUCAUGUCUAGCUUUAAUGAAACCUAUGAGUCAAGGUAUGGAGCAGUUGUGAUGGAUAAACAGAGUGGAGAUGGGAGUCUAGGAUAUACUGUUCUUCACAACAGUACUUGUCAGCAUGGUGGUCCGACAUUUAUUAAUUUGAUAAAUUCAGCAAUACUGAGGCUCGCUACUCUUAAUGAGAAUAUGACAAUUCAAACACGUAAUCACCCAUUGCCCAUGACAGAGAGUCAGCUUCAGCAACACCAUGAUCUGGAUGCAUUUGAAGUUGCCGUGGUUGUUACUAUGGCCUUCUCCUUCAUUCCUGCUUCAUUUGCUGUGGCUAUUGUUAAGGAACGUGAAGUAAAAGCUAAGCAUCAACAACUUAUCAGUGGGGUAUCUAUACUGUCAUAUUGGGCUUCAACAUACUUUUGGGACUUUGUCAGCUUCUUAUUUCCUUCAUCUUUUGCCAUACUCCUCUUCUACAUAUUCGGUCUAGAGCAAUUCAUUGGGAGGGAAUCUUUCUUCUCGACUGUCCUCAUGUUCUUGGGAUAUGGAUUAUCAAUAGCAUCAUCUACUUAUUGUCUCACUUUUUUCUUUUCUGAGCAUAGCAUGGCACAGAAUGUUGUCCUCUUGGUGCAUUUUUUCACUGGCCUUAUUCUCAUGGUUAUAUCUUUCAUAAUGGGGCUUAUAGCAUCAACAGCACAAGCCAAUUCUCUUCUCAAGAACUUCUUCAGAUUGUCUCCUGGGUUCUGCUUUGCGGAUGGGCUAGCGUCUUUAGCUCUUAUGCGACAGGGGAUGAAAGAGGGAUCUGGCGACAGUGUUUUUGACUGGAAUGUCACUGGUGCCUCUAUAUGCUAUUUGGCUGCUGAGGGCAUCAUUUACUUUGUCAUCACACUAUGCCUCGAAGUUCUGCUGCCUUUAAAGAUAAAUUUUGGAACAUCUUCCAACUUGUGGAUGAGAAUAAGAAGAUCUCUUACUCCUCCUAGUUCAUCCCUAGAACCUCUUCUUACAUCAACAAUGGGAGAAAAUUCCAGUCUUGAGGAGGACAUUGAUGUACGUGCAGAAAGAGACAGAGUACUCUCCAGUGGAGUUGAUAGUGCAGUUAUCUACCUUCGUAAUCUUCGAAAGGUGUAUCCAGGAGAGAAGCAGCUUGGUCCUAAAAUUGCUGUUCACUCAUUGACUUUCUCAGUACACGAGGGAGAGUGUUUUGGGUUCCUAGGAACUAACGGAGCCGGAAAAACUACAACUUUGUCAAUGCUGUCUGGUGAAGAAUAUCCCAGUGAUGGAACUGCAUAUAUUUUUGGUAAAGAUAUAAGAUCAAACCCGAAGGCUGCUCGUCAGCAUAUUGGGUAUUGCCCUCAAUUUGAUGCUCUGCUUGAGUUUGUUACUGCCCGGGAACACCUUGAACUCUAUGCUAGAAUAAAAGGAGUUCCAGAGUAUGAGCUUGAAAAUGUUGUCAUGGAAAAUUUAGUGGAAUUUGACUUGUUGAAACAUGCCGAUAAGCCAUCAUAUGCAUUAAGUGGAGGGAACAAACGAAAGUUAUCAGUUGCGAUUGCAAUGAUUGGAAAUCCUCCCAUUGUCAUUCUUGAUGAGCCAUCUACUGGAAUGGAUCCAAUCGCCAAAAGAUUCAUGUGGGAAGUUCUAUCGCGUUUAUCAACCAGAAGAGGAAAGACGGCUGUUAUGCUCACUACCCACAGCAUGAAUGAAGCUCAAGCUCUCUGCACCAGGAUUGGGAUAAUGGUUGGAGGCAAGCUCAGAUGUAUUGGGAGUCCACAGCAUUUAAAAAAUAGAUUUGGCAAUCAUCUCGAGCUAGAGGUUAAACCUACUGAAGUAAGCUCUUUGGAAUUAGAUGUGAUGUGCCAAACAAUUCAAGAAAAGUUCUUUAACAUGAAUUCUCCGCCACGAAGCAUACUCAAUGACCUUGAAGGCUGCAUAGGACGUGCAGACAGCAUUGCUGCUGAAACAGUGGCAGAAAUCAGCUUAUCGAAUGAGAUGAUUGUGGCAAUUGCGCAGUGGCUUGGCAAUGAAGAACGAGUGCAUACACUUGUGUCAGCAAAUAGAGAUUCUCGUGGGGCUUUUGGGGAACAGUUGUCAGAGCAGUUGCUCCGUGAUGGAGGGAUCCAGCUUGCGCUAUUUUCAGAGUGGUGGUUGACCAAAGAAAAAUUUGCAGCAAUUGAUACAUUCGUCCAAUCCUCCUUUCCCGGCGCGACAUACCAAAGCUGUGACGGGUUGAGUGUUAAAUACCAGCUGCCAUACUAUGAAGAUCUCUCACUUGCUGAUGUUUUCGGACACAUGGAAAGGAACAGAAACGCGCUUGGCAUAUCCGAGUACAGCGUCAGCCAAUCCACGCUCGAGACCAUAUUCAACCAUUUUGCGACUAACCCAUGAGGUAAACCAUCACAUAUCACGUUUCUCUACCCAUCCAUGUAUAAGCCCCCGGCCCGAUUUUUCAAGGGUGGUCUGUACAACUUGUUUGACUUAUACCGUUGUAGAUAAUAGCACACUUGAUAGUUUAACAUAACUGAACAACACUACUUAUUAUCUGUAACGUUUAAUUGGCCGAGUUAUGAAGGAAUGAGGCAACUAUGAGGUUAAGUGCAAUGAUUCAGACAUGUUAUUAUUA